AUGAAUCUUAAUGAGCUAUCCCAACAGCAACUGGCAUCCAUCCUACGAUCCACAGCAGGAACAAAGGAUGAUCCUCUACCGCUCCCAGAACCAAUCAUCGACGAAUUGGAACAACUUAACGAGGAAGACUGUGCGACCCUGGUCCACAAAUUUCCCAAAGCCCUCUUACACUAUGAAGGACAAAGCUGGACCCAAUGUGGUGCGAUCAAUUCUAUCUUCAUGGACCGAAUCAAGAGGUUCAAGAUGGAUGGCAAACAAGUCGUCCAAGCAAAAUACAAAGACAGCGAGCGAUUGCGAACAGCAGCCAGAGCCACAACAGAGCUAUUCGAAGAGCUCAAUGACAUUAUUAACAACCCCAACACUGAUGUCAAAGAAGAACUUAUGGGCUUACAAGAGAAAAUCAAGCAAUUGGCAAUCUACACAUUUGCAGCAGCAAAGACAAUCGACAUCGAUGCCAAAGCCAUUGCUGAAAAAGCCCUUGGACUCCACACUGACCGAACAGUCAUUGACAGGGAUUUGGCAUUCUCAUCAGAAGAAGUGGAAAAGAUUCAAAAGAAGCUGUUUGAACAAAGACUCACCAGUUUGGCCACAAGACAACAAUCGGGAAACGGAUUCAGGGGAGGACGUGGAUAUGGAAGAAGCCGAGGUGUCAAGUCUUUCCCAAAUCGUUACACCAAUCGUCCAUGGACAAACAAGUUUGCAAACCACCAUUCAGACAGCACCACCACUUCCAACAACACCAACAACCAAUGA